GUUCUGCUACAGCGGAGGGUUUGCGCUGAACGCCGCCGCUGGCGGAGCGUUGCGAGUCGUGGGCGUCGACUCGUCCCAGCCGGCGCUGGAAGAAGCCCAGGUUAACGCCGCUCGCAACGGACUCGAAGGACUGACGGAGUUUGUCAAGGACGACGCUCUCAACUUCAUGAAGGCCGCGAAAACCAACGGGGACGAGUAUGACUUGGUAAUCGUGGACCCUCCUAAGCUCGCGCCGAACAAGAAGGCGCUGCCGCGCGCGACCUCCCGCUACAAACGGAUCAACGCGGCCGCCCUUGAGCUGGUCGCGCCAGGCGGGAUCCUGCUGACAUUUACGUGCUCAGCAGCCAUGACGCAAGGAGGGGGGUUCGUCGGGGUCGUGCAGAGCGCGGCGGCGGCCGCAGGCAGGACGAUCACCCUCCUCAAGACGGUCGGCCCAGCCGCGGAUCACGUCACCAACCCCUGCUAUCCGGAAGGCGCGUAUCUCACCGGCGCGUUUUUCUACGUUGUCUGA